AGGAAUCGGCGAAUCGCAGCUCGGGAGCCAUCUUACUACUUGACGGAAUCUUGAUCGUCGCUCCGAUCUUCUCGACGACAAAUGGCAGACCAAACUCAACAAAGUGUCGGUGCUUCUUCACAAUCAACUGCAAACACUAAUGCUAUUACUUCCGAAGCAGUUAUUUCAGAUCAAGGUGCAGAACUCAAUGCUAAAAAAAGAAAGUUUACUUCUCGGGUUUGGGAUUACUAUGAUAGGGAGUGUCUUGGAGGUGGUAAAGUUAUUGCAACUUGCUUGGGAUGUAAACAAAAAUUCGAUGGAUCAAUUAAGGUAGGGGUCAAGGAUUGGACGAGGAACAACCUGGAGGACAGUGAGAUGUGGCACUGGUGGAUGGCCCGAAGCUAUUUGUUUUAACUUAAAUGUUUCAUUGAACUUGUUUAUUUAAAAUAUACGAAUGAUUGUAUGUUGUUUUAAAGGUGUCCGUUUGAUUUUGUUUACUCCGAUUAAACUAUGAUUGUUUUU